UUCAUUCACACCCCUCCAACUCAAAUAUUCCCGAUUCCUUCUCACCCUUUUCUUUCGAUUCUCUUUCUUUUUCACUAAAUAUCUCUAUUCAUUCAAUUCAAUAUGCGAAAAUCUCCCAAAACGAAACAGCCAUAGCUUUCUUUCUUUGGUUUCAAUUCUCUGUGAUGAAGUUCGGGAAAGAGUUCUCAACCCACCUGGAGGACACCCUCCCGGAGUGGAGGGACAAGUUUCUCUGCUACAAACCUCUCAAGAAGUUCCUCAAGAACUUUCCCACAAACCCUUCUGAUCCACAACAACCCUUCGAGGCCGAUGCUCCGGUUCUCGAAGGCCUUGAAGAUCAGGGCAACCCUCCUUUGGCUGACCUACAAGAUUGGUUCAUUAGAAUUCUCAAUGAAGAACUCGACAAGUUCAACGAUUUCUAUGUUGAUAAAGAGGAAGAGUUCGUUAUUCGUUUUCAGAAACUUUUGCUGGUGGUGACAAUCAUACCGUUCGUGCUAAUGUUACAGGAGCUGAAAGAAAGAAUUGAACGAAUAAAGGAGAAGAGCAACAAUGGUAGAGCCUUUACAUCAGAAAGUGAGUUCAGUGAAGAAAUGAUGGACAUUCGCAGGGACUUUGUCGCCAUUCAUGGAGAGAUGGUCCUUCUCAAAAACUAUAGCUCCCUAAACUUUGCAGGACUAGUUAAAAUUCUGAAGAAGUAUGAUAAACGAACUGGGGGACUGUUGCGUCUACCUUUCACGCAACUGGCCCUCCGCCAACCAUCCUUCUCUACAGAGCCUCUCACGAGGCUAGUCCGUGAAUGUGAGGCAAAUCUCGAGCUUCUCUUCCCGCUGGAAGCUGAAAUCAUUGAAUCAGCUCCACCCUUGCAAGACAAGACAAAUCAGCAAUUGAAUAACUUGGCUAAUAUAUCCGAGACACCAUCAAAUCUUGGGGAAGACACAGUGUACUUAUAUCGCAGCACAAUUGCUGCUAUGAGAGCUAUACGAAGUCUUCAAAAAGCAAGCUCCACUUACAAUCCAUUGUCGUUUUCAUCGGUUUUCAGAAGCCAGGAUGACGAGGGAAGUGGGGCUGUAACAGCUGAAAACUCUGCUUCAAAUUCUCCCACCACCUUCCAGAACGGAGGAGACUGAAUAAGAGAGUUCCCGCUCUGUGUAACGCAUUUCUUCUAGCAGGUUGGAGUUGAAUAACAGGCCCUGUUCUGCACAGCCCCUGUACCAUUAAACGGACCCUAUAAUAAGUGGUGCUCUUUGUGUACAAAGUAAACUAACUACAGUGGGAGUUUCUCUUUUACGGCAUUUCCACGUUUAUCUGGGUUUUUUUAAAACUUAACACACGGGUUUGUAUAUUGUGAUGUUUGUUUAUAAGGGUUCUUAAUUUCAAACACAUGAAUAAGGUUUUUAUUUCUGAAAGUCGUCUUUAUUUCGGAGCA